CAGAUGAAACACUCUGCCUAAUAGAUUAACUGGUACAAUCAAUUGCAUCAUGACUAGUGAAUUUACACCUUUAGUUAUUGACAGUACCUUUUUUGCUGAUUCCAAGAAAAUCGUCAAGGAACGGAUUAUUCCUUGGGAAGGAUUAGCUCGGUCAGGUGUUAUUUCAGACGAUGAUGCUGGCCAUAUGAAGACCUUGGGAAAACAAGUACAAGAGAAUAGAAAUAAGACUGUUUUGGCCCAAUUGGAUUUAUACAGCAAUUCGAUUUUAAACAUAUUGAACAGAUUGAAUGUUAAUGAAAAGGAGGAUAUUGUCAAACAUGUUUUGGCAUUGACCAAUGAUUUGUUGUUGGAGAUACCAGAAUUUGUUGACACUCUUUUGAAGUUCUCUUCAAUUGAUAACUCAUUGCCAUAUUACCCAUUUAUCAAGCAUUUGGCUAACUCUGAUAAUUUUAUCAAGACUUUAGGUUUAUACAACCUUACCAUCUUGUUAACCAAGGCAUCCAAAGAUAGUUCAAUUAGUGCCAAGAUUGAUGAUGAGAUUAUCAUCAAGAUAUUUGAUAUCUUGUCUUCCCCUAACUUUAUUGGUGGUAUUGAUUCCAAUUACCAAUUCAUUGGUAUUCAAUUAUUGCAAGAAUUAUUAAUUGUCAAGCAGUUUAAAACAAUCUACCAAAACAAUAACCUUGUUUCCAACUUCAAACCAAUCAACCAAUUAAUCACCAGACUGGCCACCCAUCCAAAUGCCACUGGAUUACAACUUUCAUACAACAUUUUGUUAGCCACUUGGAUAUUGUCAUUUAGCGCUCCAAUUAACCGAGUUUUACUUACAAGCUUCCCGCAAUUGGCUGGUUGUCUCUUUACUAUUGCCAAGGAUUCCAUCAAGUUGAAAAUUGUGAGAAUUUCCGUGGGUAUUUUAAAGAACUUUGUUGCUGUUUGUACCAAUAGCCAUGAGCAAUUUAAGGUGAUUAAAUUGUUGUUAUUCCAUGAUGCCUUGAACACAAUUAGAACUUUGCAAGAAAGAAAGUUUGCUUCUAAUGGAAGUGAUGAAGAGUUGUCCAACGAUUUAGCUUAUUUGUCGGACAAUUUACAAGAAGUUGUUACUUCCAAAUUGACAUCUUUUGAUGAAUACAUGACUGGGUUAGAAAACCCAAAGCUUAUCAGUUGGGCCUCGCCAACCCAUAAAUCGGUUGAAUUUUGGUUAGAGAAUUCUGGUAAGUUUAAAGAUUCAAACUAUAAGUUGAUCAAGAGAAUCUUUGAGAUUUUGAUUACAAACACCAGCGACAAUUCCACCAUAAAUGUGAUUUUAUUGAACGAUUUACAAUUUUUGAUUAAGAAUUUAGGACAAGAAUUAAUAAGUUUCAUCAACACCGAGAAAGGUGGACAGUACAAACUUUUGAUUAUGUCAUAUUUGGAAAACAAUUAUGGAAACAACGAAUUGAAGUAUGAAGCGUUGAAGACCAUUCAAUUGUUAGUUGGCCACACUUUUUAGAUAUUUCCUCUUUGUAUAAAAAAUUGUAAAUCAAGAUUAUUCAAUUUUU